AUGGACGACGUGGACGACGUCCAGCUGGACGUCACGCCCGCGUUCGACCUCGUCGUCCCGAGCGCGCACAACCCGCGGACGCGGAAGGUGCGCGUGGAAGGCGUCGAUCUCGGCUCGAGGCAUCCGAAGCUGACGUGCGUGACGCUCGUGCCGCAGUUCCCCGCGGUGUUCGCGGGAAGAGAGGACGGCGCGAUCGCGUUCUGGAAGCUCCGCGUGGAGGGCGACGUCGUCUUCACCGUGGACUUCGAAACGAUGACCGGACACGCGUCCAAAGUCACGACGCUCCUCGCGCUCGACGGGAGCAGAUCCGACGGGAGGUUCGACAGCGGCGUCCUCGUCAGCGGCGGCGUCGACGCCGGCGGCCGAGUCUGGGACCCGACGAAGAUGGACAACAAGUGCGUGCAGAGACUCCACGGGCACACGGGAACGAUCACGUGCAUGACGCAGGCGGGGCCGUGCCUCGUGACCGGCAGCACGGACGGCACGUACCGCUUGUGGGGGCCGGGGAAGAAACCCCCCGGCAGAGCCGCGGCGAGGUACCCGUGCUUCGAUUUAAAACGCACGCUCGGGCACAGCCCCGGGUGGAUCACCGCGGUGUGCUUCGACGCGACGACGGACGUCGGCGACGUCGGGACCGUGUACGCGGGCGACUCCACCGGCGCGUUCUCGUGUUUCAAGCCGCGUCUGGACAAGUCGAAACCCGGAGGGAUGGACUUCUCCGCGGAUGAGAACCGAGGACGCGUCCCGUUCAAGCCCGUGCUCGGCGAGCGCGGCGUCGUCUCCAUGCUCUACAUCGCGGAGGAGAAGACCGUGUUCGCGCUGACGUACGAUAACUGCUUUCGGGUGUACGACGUCGGCCCGGCGCGGCACGGCACGUGCCUGCACGUCGUUCGAAACAAAACCCGAGAUGUGUUCCGCGCGAUGCGAUACGACGCGAAGAAGCGGCAAGUCUUCGUCGUGGACGAAGCCGGCGCGCUGAUGGUGUGGAACGUUCCGUCCGAGCACGUCGUUUACGACGCGCACGUCACCGGGGUGUGCGUCACCGCGGAAGACGACGUCAAGCUCGGGGCGAACAUCCCCGCGGUGGAUCUCGCGCUGUGGCCGGGCGGCGACGACGUCUUAGUCGCGACGCCGGCGGGCGCGAUCAAAGCGGUGAAAGUCACGCGCGAGAGCGACUACCGCACGAUCAAAGGCGGGCACGGGGGGAUGCACCACGGCGAGGUGAUCGCGUUGGACGUCGGCGUCGUCGACGACGCCGAGCGCGUGUUCUCCGCGUCGUUGGAUUACACGAUUCGGCAGUGGGACACGUGGGACCUGGCGUGCGUUCGGACGUUCGAGGAGCCGCCGCCGCCGCGCGGCGAGCGGGCCGAGAUCGCGUGCAUGACGUACGCGGGCGUGAGUAAAAAGAUCGUCACGGGGAUGACGGACGGGUCGUUGAGGGUGUGGGGCGUCGAGAGCGGGCAGUCCGUGCGGUUGUUCGACGAAAAACUCGCGCACGAUGACUCGAUAUCGUGCUGCUGCGUCAUGGAAGGCGGCGGGAGCAAGCUGAAUGAAAUUUGCGCCACCGGAGGGUUCGACGGCCGCGUCGUGAUUUGGAACGUGAAGCACACGCGGUACAGCGCGCCGGGGUUUUUGAAGUCGUGGAACGCGCACGAGGGCGACCUGAAGGAAAUAUUAGCCAUGGUCGCGUUCGAGGCGGAUGAUCUCGUCGACGGCAUCGCGGCGGCGGCGGCGGAGGACGACCGCGUCGACGCCGCCGCCGCCGCCGGGGACGACGACGCGGACGACGCCGCGGACGAGACCGCCGGCGGUGCUACGCCGAUCGAGCGUCAGGAUAACGGCUCGGAGCUCGUCACCGCGGGGAACGACGGAAUCGUGCGCGUGUGGCGCGCGCCGAACGAUCUCAUGGCGUCGUUCAUAGGGCACGACGAAGCGGUGACGUCUCUCGCGUUGUCGUCCGACGCGAGGACGCUGUUCAGCGGCGGCGAAGACGCGUCGAUUCGCGUCUGGAACUUGGCCGCGGUCGUGAACGCGUCCUUGACCGCGGAGGCGGGGACGCGACCGGACACGAGCGACGAUUUGAUCGCGGUUCUGAAGGGUCACGACGGCGCCGUGAUCGCGAUGCGGACGCUGACCUCCGGUCACCUUCUGUCCAUCUCGACCGAGGGCGAGCUCCUCGUCUGGACCCCGGACUGGUCGGGCGCGACGUACAGCUCGUUUCGACACCAAGACGGGUUCCGGAGUUUAGUCGUCCGGGAGAACGUGAACCGGGCGUUGAUCGGGACGACGAGCGGCGCGAUCAUCUCGAUCGAGGCGCUGCCCGCGGAGGGCGGGCGCGUGCACAGGGAGAUGCCGACGGAAGAGGAGGACGAGGAGACCGCGGCGGCUGCGGCUGCGGCGGCGGCGGCGGCGCUGGACGUCGUCGACGCGGAGGAAUCCGCGGAGGCGGCGAAAGCGGACGAGGACGAGAUCGAAGACGUCGACGCCGAGUUCGAGCGCCUCGGCGGGACCCCUACCCGCGAGCGGCGAAUCGCGGUCGCGAUCUCCAACGCCGCGCUCGCGUCGCACCCCGUGAGGUCGCUCAACAGCGCCGCCGCUUCCUCCGCGGUCGCCAUCGACGUCGUGACGUCCGCGAGCGCGCGCGCGGAGUUUGAGUCGCCGCCGCACACGCGCGUCAGUCUCGCGAGCGGAUCGCUCGCGUCGGCGUCCUCCUCGUCGUCGUCGACGACCUCUUCGAUCUCGCCGCCGUAUUCUAUCUCCCCGCGGAAUUCGCCGCCUUCGCCUUCCCACGUCUCCCAUUCCUCCUCGCGCGCGCGCGCGUCGUCCUCGAGCGCGCUCAACUCGAUCGCCAGCGCGAACGCUUCCUCUUCCGUGAGGUCUCCCCACACGUCGUCGCACUCGACGUGCAGACCGACGCUCGCACCGCGACGACGACUCGGUCGCUCGGAUUCGAGGAGACUCAGACGCAUCGCCUCGCGCAUCUCUUCGUCCUCGCGGUCCGCGUCGUCGUCGUCGUCGUCGUCGUCGCGCGUCGUCUCUUCCUCCGCGCCGACGAUCGGACCGAACGUGAACCCGCCGCCCGCGGCCGCGCGGAAUCCGGGGGAGAAGGGCUGA